AUGGCAAGGCCUCUUUGGAGCAAUUCAGCUAUCCUAACCGUGGUUCGACGUGCAACGAAUAUUGUCAAAGCUCAUACCGAUCUCGACGAAGUCACUGAAAAUCGUUUGAACACGCUUGUGUUUGGUCACAAAAGAAAACGAGCUGAUGAUGAUUCUUAUGUGGAUGUAGAUAAUAACCCUUUUUGGGUUCAGAGGGAAGAGGAUGAUGUCAACGAAGUCGAAGAAAUGGUAGAUACAUGUGUUACUUUAACUGAUUGA